AUGGCCGAAGAACAACAGAAGCUCGAGCUCAAGCUCGAUGGUGUCGCUGUCCCUCCUGCUGCCACCGCCGCUCCCGCCAUUGAGGAGCCCAAGCCCGCUGCUGCUGCCACGGAGGAGACCACCACCGCCCCCACUGCUGACGCUGCCGUCGCCGCCACCACACCCGAGGAGGCCGGCGCCACCGAGGAGACCAAGGCCGACGACAAGAAGAAGGCCAAGAAGGAGAAGAAGGCCAAGAAAUCUGACAACGACGAGGAAAACUCCAGCUCGUCAUCCUCUUCCUCAUCCUCUGCUUCGUCCACCAAAGACAAGAAGAAGAACCCCCUCAAGAAGGUCGCCGCCAUCUUCAAGUCCCUGUUUGGGUGCCUCAGCAGUCUCAAGAGGGCCGAUAAGAAGGCCGACGCCGAGGGAAGCGACGCUGAGGGUGAGGAGGGCGCGGCCGACAAGAAGGACAAGAAGAAGAAGGCGAAGAAGACCAAGCUGGAGGCUGUGCCGGAGGGGGAGGAGACGGCGACCAAGAAGGAUGACGAGGAGAAGGACGGUGUGAAGAAGGAGGAUGCGGAAGUGGUGAAGGGGGCGACGACUACUGUCAUCACGGCCCAGGCUUAG